CUCUCCCUCUUCUCUCUCUUUCGCUCCCUAUUUCCUCUCUCAAAUUCACAGACCUAGGCUAUAUUUCUCACAACUGUUACAGUCUCCUCUCUCCAACUUUCUCUCCCUCUUUUCUCUGUCUCCCUCUCUUGCAAAUUCACAGCCCCUUCUCUUCAUCUUCCCCUCUCCGUCUCUCUAUGUUUUUUCCUCCCUGUAUUUUCACAGACAGAGAAUAGCACACUGCCCCCCUUCACCAUCCCCCUCUUAGUCUCUCUCUCACACCUUCAUGGACCCCCUUCACCGUCCCCCUCCAGUCUCUCUUUCCCCAAUUACAUGUAUUCAACUACAAAAAUCAGUUACCCAUUUUAGAUUUCAACUCUCUCCAAAUUUUUCUGCCCUCUCUCUCUCUCUCUCUCUCGCGAAUUCACAGAUCUUGAUCUGGCGCCGCAUAAUUGAUGACAAUUCCUGCUGCAAGGGCGGUGGUAGAGGUGGCUAUGGUGGUGGUGGUGGACACAGAGAUAAUUAUAGAGACGGAUUGUUCUCAAACUGGAGACUUAAGACGUCUUUUAUCUUCUGUUGCCCGGAGGGGUUUAAUUCUCAAGAUUGAAUUUGAUUUGGACUUUGAAUGUUUUUAUAGAGGCAAGUGGAUGGUCUCCAAAUUACUACUAAGGUAGGUUGAAAUUUUCAGGUGAGUG